AUGAGUGAAAAGUUUUCGCUAACUGGACUUUUCCCCAGAGUUUUAACGUCCUGCUUAUAUUUCUGGACUGUGUACACAACGCUGACAAGAAUACAUCAAAUACCGGGGUGGUUUCUCGCGGUGACACUAAUCCCGACGUUGAUGGUGGCUUUAUACACUUAUUAUAAAGUUAUUUCAACAGGACCAGGAUCUCCUCUGGAUUUCCCUGAUUUAUUAGUUCAUGAUUUGAAAGCAGCAGAAAAUGGCCUCGAACUUCCUCCAGAGUAUAUGUCAAAGAGAUGUAUGACCUUAAAGCGUGAUGGAAGGUUCCGGGUAUGCCAAAUUUGCCAUGUUUGGAAGCCUGAUCGUUGUCAUCAUUGUUCAUCGUGUGAUAUAUGUAUAUUGAAAAUGGAUCAUCAUUGCCCCUGGUUUGCUGAGUGCACCGGUUUUAAAAAUCAGAAAUUUUUUAUUCAAUUCCUCAUGUACACUACUUUUUACGCAUUCUUAGUCUUAAUAGAUACCUGUUAUGAACUCGGAACGUGGUUCAAUUCCGGUAGUUUUAGUCGUGAAUUGAUAGAUCUUCAUCUUUUAGGGACGGCGCUACUUGCCAUUGCAGUCUUCAUCUCUGUUUUAGCAUUCUCCGCUUUCAGCAUUUACCAGGUUUGCAACAAUCAAACAACCAUUGAAUUACACAGUAUGAGAAGAUAUCGAAGAGAUCUGGAAAUACUCAAUGAUAGCUAUGGAACAAAUACACAGCCGGAGAAUAUAUUUGACCUAGGUUCUUCGAUGGCCAACUGGAAAGAUCUGAUGGGUACGUCCUGGUUAGAGUGGCUUUUUCCUAUUGAAACGUAUAAGUACAAAAAGUCUAAACAUACACGGGACGAGAAAGGUUUAUACUUCAACGUAACACCGGAAAUCCAAGAUCGAUUGCUAAGUGGUAGAGACUUGGAAGAUCGCCUGAUAAGAAGAGUAACUCCAAGGCCAUCAUUAGAAGCCAAUAGGCCCCCCGUAGAAAUUCUUAGAGUAAAUUAG